CAAAACCGCACUACAAAUUUCAACCAUCAAACCCCAUCUCUGUUACACCAAAAGGCAUCUUAAAACAGUGUUAUUCAGAACUAAAUUAAAUAUAUAUUCUAAGACUUUUUGGAAGAUUUGGUAGCUUUAGAUGGAGAUUUGGGCUUCUUAUAAAUUUUAUCAGACUUCUUCAAAAGCAAAACAGGAUUAAUACCGGGAAGGCAACACAGAGAGGCAAAGGCCGCGGUGGAACUCUCCUUUGUCGACAGGGUCACGGUGGCAGCGGUCGCGUGUCACGGUAGGGUCAUGUGCGAGUGUAGGAUGAUCCAGCCAACCAUGUUCGAGGUGAUGGCGGCAAUGACUAAACGCGAUGGCGAUGACAACUAAGCGCGACCGGCGAUGAGGACUUUGGGCGACAACGAUGGCAACACGUUGUGGGAGGAAGGUGAGACAGUGUGAAUCGCAAGACUCGAACCUUAACAUUACGAGAAGAAGGGGCUUAAACACAAGGAUUUGUUUUGGUGGCUGGAAAUUCGAAAUAGACAACCUAAUAAAUAGUUUGUUUGUUCGUUGACGCCAAAUAAAACAUUCAUUCAUUCUCGUUCACUAAACUAAUGCAAUCUCUAAAGUCACACCCUGCUCUUUUAUUUUCACUUUUUAAUCAAUUCUCUUCUCAGUCUCUGACAUCCUUCCUCUCUUUCUCAACUAAAUGCCGUUGCCUACACUUCAACGAAACCACUUCAAUAAUUGAUUACCUAAAUUCCAACUUCCAGUUCUCCAAAACCCAAUCCCUUUAUAUCACCAAACGUGUUUCACGGGGCAAAUUCCCUUAAAACCCCUUAUCAGUGCUCACUUUCUUCAAACAAAUAGGCUUUUCGCAAAGCCAGAUUCUCUCCGUGAUUCAUCAAAGACCCCAGGUACUGUUUACAGACGUUGACAAAAUCUUAAGAUCCAAAAUUGAGUUCUUUCAGAUGUCUGGAUUCCAGGGUCGCGAGUUAUGCAGCUUCAUUUCAAAGAAUCCCUCCAUUUUGACUCAUAGCUUGAAGAAAACAUUGGUCCCCUCAGUUGAAGCUAUUAGGAAAAUUGUGUGCGACCAGAAAGAUUUUAUUCUUGUGUUGCACAGAUGUGGCUGGAUACUCCCAAAGUACAAAAGGUUUAUGGAUAAUGCCGUCUUCUUGGAGAGGUGUGGCAUUCUUGGGACUCAUCUUGCAUUGCUACUCAAACUUCACCCAAGGCUUAUCAUUGCACAGCAGUCCACUAUUGAAAACCGUGUUUCUCGAGCUGUAGACGUGGGUUUCCGUGAAAAUUCAAGAAUGCUUGUCCAUGCAAUUCUUACAUUAAGUUGUUUGAGUGUUAAAACAUUUGAGAGAAAGCUGAAACUAAUUAAUAGUUUCGGGUUUUCCAACGAUGAGGGCCUACAAAUGUUCAAGAGAACCCCGACUUUGUUCAGAACAUCCGAGAUGAAGUUGAAAGUUGGAAUGAAAUUCUUCUUGCACACAGUUAUGCUGCCCAAGUCAGUCCUUAUUCACCAGCCUCGGAUUUUAAUGUACAGCAUGGAGGAUCGCGUGCUUCCUCGAUAUAAAGUCUUCCGGUUGUCGAAAUCAAAAAAUCUCUGCAAGAAAGUCCCCAGUUAUAUUCAUGUGUUGUGCUUGUCUGAGGAGAUGUUUUUGGACAAGUAUAUAUCACAGUUCAGGGAAAAUGCAGAGGAGGAGUUAUUAGUAGCAUACAAGGGUCAUUAUCUGGAGGCAUAACCAUACCUUCAAUUCUGUUUUUUUACUCUUCUACAGGAAGCCUGGGCAAUUUGGGACCAACAUACUGAUGCAGAUUCUCUCCCAAACUUUACUACUGUUGCUGACACACCUUCUGAUGCUCGUGAUAGUGUAGAGUUAGAUGUUGUUGUACUUAUUAUACCUAUAGAGAAUGUCCCGAAAAGUUUUAAGAUACUCGCACUGACAUAUAUAUAUCUACAUAUUGAUGGAUAAGUUGAUAAUUUUGAUUUUGCUGCUGAAAUUUCAAUUGAUGGUAUUUUAGAUUUCAUUGUUAAUGAAGAUUUUGUUUUUUCUCAUCCUUCUCCACAAACAUUCAACGAGAAGAGUAACAAUGGAAGAAAAAGAGGUUAAAACACCAUCAGACGACUUAAAUAGAGAGCAUAGCAAAGCAUCGUGUGAUAGGCCUGUAUUGUCUGAUGGGCUCACAAUCAUUGCAGCUAGACCUGUUUUAACGCCUAGUUCUGCACAUGAUGAGCAACAAGAUGAUCUAAUAAUAGAGGUUGAUCUCUUUAAGUCGUUGGAUGAUUGUAAUGUUGUUGAUAGAUAGUGAUGAGAAUGCAAUGAUGAAACCAAGUGUAGUAGUAGAAUCACAAAGAGAUGGAUCUCAAUUUCAUAUAAUAAGGGAUAUUAAGUGACAGGAGAAGUUGUUGCAUUGAAAACCUACCAUUAGACCAAAAGAUAUAGUUGCUAAUUUAGGUGCAGCAACUCUUAUUUAUUUUGACUUAGUUGAACUGGUUU